UUUUAGUGCUGCUGAUGAGAUAGCGACCUGAUGUGGUCUAUCGUGGGUUAGUUAUACAAAUCUUUGACCUAACGUGACCAAACACUGUCAACUUUCGUCAAGCUGGGCUUAUAUUGCGCUGAAAUCGUCGACAACGGUAUGCGUAAUGUCUGUGGCCGAGACGGCAGUGACUGUGCAGACUUAUUGGAGCAAAUAGGUAUGGUUUUGAAAACGUGUUAUCCAACAAGAACAAGACUAGUCAACAACUGACGUCAGCUAGCGAGCUAACGUUAUAGCUAGCUGCAGUGCAGUCUCUUGGACCUGAUUGCCCUAACGUUACCCCUGCAUACCUUUUAAUUGAAAGAAAGGACUCUUGAGGUCAGAAGAUGUUUUUGGUGGGGUUGACGGGAGGAAUCGCCUCAGGGAAGAGCACUGUGUCCUCUCUGCUGCGAGAGCUUGGCUGCCCCAUUAUCGAUGCCGAUGUGGUGGCUAGAAAAGUGGUGGAGCCCCACAGUCCGGCCUACUGCCGGAUCGUGAAGCACUUUGGCCCCGAGAUCCUGCUGGAAAAUGGGGAGAUCGACCGGCAGAAGCUGGGUGAGCUCAUCUUCGCCAGCGAGGACAAGCGGCGCCUGCUUAACUCCAUCACCCACCCCGAGAUCCACAAGGCAAUGCUCAAACAGAUCGUCGUCUUCUUCCUCCGAGGUUAUCGCUACGUGGUGCUAGAUGUGCCCCUGCUCUUCGAGACGCGGCGUCUAACCCGUUUCCUCAACCACACUGUGGUGGUGUACUGUGACCCGGCCACCCAGCUGUCGCGCCUCAUGAACCGGGACGGGCUGACCCAGGAGCAGGCGGAGCAGCGUGUGGCCGCCCAGAUGCCCCUAAACGAGAAGCGGGGAUUGGCCAGUCACGUGGUGGAAAACUCGGGCAGCCGCGAGGACACCCAGCGCCAGGUGCUGCGGCUGCACACCAAGCUCGAGGACUCUAUGGAGUUCCUGCUGGCCAGGGCCAUCGCCAUAGCGACCGCUGCCGGUCUGGGCGGACUACUUCUAUACGCCGCCAAAUUGCUGCCGUCUUAGCGAAUGGAGAGAGAGUUUGACGAGAGUCGUCUUCCUAUGGCAAUGCAGUGUUGAAUUGUGAUUGAGACUGCGGCACUUUGAACUUAAGCCAUAGCACAUAACCGACCAUUGGACCACUGGGCCCAGCACGUGUGGUGAGAGGUCCAAUGGUUGGUUAUGUGUUAUGGCUUGAGUUGAAAGUUCGCAAACAGUUUGUACUUAGAAAGUGGUCAAGUAACGUGAGAUGUUUUCUUGUGUAAAUUCCUUGUUGCUCUUUGAAUGCUACAGGAAACAGUGAACACCUAGGUUUCCCUGGUUUGCAUUUUAAAAUCCAAGAAGUUAUUUGGGGAAAUAUUUUUGGAGUCACUAGAUUGCUUUUUUUUGGUGCUGGUGGUGUAAGUGUUUUUAGCUCAUUGUGCCGAUUUGUUUUACAUUUUAAAGGGAUAGUUCACUAAAAUGUACCUUUAGUGAGUGGUCUAUGGACCUGGAGAGUCAGCGACCGAAGAUUUUGAUUUCUUAAAAUGAAAUGUUACUGGUUGCGUACACAGUUUAACAAGUGCUAUAGUGGGUGCGGCGAUAUGCUUAUGUUCUUAUCGAUCAGUGCAGUACAUUUCAACAAGCACACAAUAAUCGCAAAUGUAUUUUUUAAAUGUUUUAUGUAGUACAACAGUGGAUGUAUAAAUGGUAUGUAAAUGUUAUUAAAGUGACCAGUGGUCAUUGACUAUGUAGUAGUCCUUAAGGUGAAGGCUAGAGUAUCCUGUGGUAGCCAGCUAGUGAUAGUGACUGAGGGGCAGUGUAGGGUAGUGGGCAGAUGGCACAGUACUGGGUGGAGGCCGUCUAGUGGUGGCUAUUUAACAGUCUGAUGGCCUGGGGAUAUAAGCUGUUUAUCAGUCUCUCGGUCCCAGCUUUGAUGUACUGUCUCUUCUAGAUGGUAGCGGGGUGAACAGAGCCGUGGCUCGGGUGGCUGAGGUCCUUGAUGAUGAUCUUGGCCUUCCUGUGACACCGGGUGCUGUAGAUAUCCUGGAGGGCAGGCAGUGUGCCCCCGAUGGUGCGUUGGGCUGACCGUACCACCCUCUAGAGGGCAGGCAGUGUGCCCUGCUGCUGCGGAGGGUACAAUUGCCAUACCAGGCGGUAAUACUGUCUGACAGGAUGCUCUCAAGGGUGCAUCUGUAGACAUUUGUGAGGGACUUAGGGGUUGAAGAGGCGCUGUUGCGCCUUCUUCACCACAUUGUUGGUGUGAAGGGAACAUUUCAGGUCUCUGUCAAUUUGGAUGGGGGUGUGCUCUCUCUGCUGUCUCCUGUAGUCCACGAUCAGCUCCUUCGUUUUGUUGAUGUUGAGGAAGAGGUAUGGUCAGAUUUCCCCAAAGGGAGGUCAGGGCCAUGUAGCCAUCCCGGAAGGGAGAGUAGCAAUGAACACGAAAUUGUGCACCUUGAGUAGCAAAUAUGUUGAUAGCAUUUUGGUAGUGUGUGCCUCAAAUUUUCUUUAUUAAAGUCCCCAGCUACAAUAAAUGUGCCUUCAGGAUAUGUGGUUUCUUGAGCGCCGUCGCAGUGUCGGCUUGUGAGGGAAUGUAUAUGGCUGUGACUAUAACCGAAGACAAUUAUCUUGGGAGGUAAUGUGGUCGGCAUUUGAUGGAGGUAUUCCAGAUCGGGAGAACCAAAGGACUUGAGUUCCUGUACGUUACCCAAUAACACCAUGAGUUGUUUGUCAUGAGACAUGCUCCUUACCUUUGUGUUUCCUGGAUAGUUCUUUGUUCCUGCCCACACAAUGAACGGAGGACCACGCUGGUUCUAUGGACGGGGACAAUGUAUCCUGAGAGAGCCACAAUUCUGUAAAGCAGAAUAUGUCUCUGUCUGGAAGAUCCUUGCCCUGAGCGCAUCUAUUUUAUUGUCCCCACUUCUCCUCCCUCGGCGGUUGUUUUGGAGUAUCACCCGGGAUGAAUGGAGUUGCCUCGGGCAGUUUAAACAAAGGGUCCAGGAAGCUGAAUUUAUGGUGAGUGACCGCCAAUCUAAUAUCCCAAAGUGAUUUUCACCUGUAGGUAAUAGAGAAAGCAAUGUAAGAAAUAAUACAAAAAAACUAUAAUACUGCAAAGUUGUCUUGGAGCUAGAAGCAGGGCGACCAUGUCUGGUUGGCGCGAUCUUGAAAGUUGUUUACUUAGUGUUAACGGUGUUGGAUACUGUUAGAUUCUGGGUUAAACUUGGAACAUUGUUAUACUCAGAAGUAUAGUAUCUAAGGAGUGAAAGAGACUGGUUUUUACAUCAGAAGUGAAUGGUUAUCUGUAGGAGCCAGAUGGCUUUGGAAUGUGUUGGAUGGACGGGAGGAAGUCACAGGAGUGCUAUAGGGGAUACGGAUGGACAUCUGAGGAUUAGGCAAAUGAGGGGUUGAGGUCAGGUCAGAUCAGAUCAGAUCCCCUCAAGGGAGAAAUGAUGGUUUAUUACCCUAUUACUUAGUCUUCCUGUUGAACCAUAAAUAAUGUAAGGAUUUGAGAGAAGGAGAUGUGCCUAAAUUGGAGUUUAUAUACUUGUGGUGGUAGAAACAUGUUUUGUCUGAAUGCAGCUGUAUUGACCCUCUGGGCUUUCAUAAUAUGUGUUUUACUCUGAGAAUUAGAACCUAGCAACACAAAGCAAUGGGAAUGGUAGGGAAUUGGAAUGAAGUGACUGAGUUGAUUUGGGAAUGCUUCGAUCAUGCUACCAUGGCUCCUAUAAGUCUUAUUGUAUUGCAUGCAACAAUGCUAAUGCUAAUCUGUGAGAAAGUAAACUCCCAGGUUCCAUAGAUUACGUCCUGUUUAUCAAUAAAAUUAGGUACAUUUGUGAUUUAGGAUAAAUAUAUUUUAAGGAUGGGGUAACUAUGUAAUAUGGGUAAACUAAUCAGUUUAAAAAAUAUUUGAUUGACUGUGAUGUCGCUAGAAUUAAGACAUAGGUGAUGUAUUCGACAAUCCACUUUUCAAACUAAAGAGUUUUCUAAACGGUCGAAGGAAUGAAGAUGAAGACUUCCUUGAUGCCACUGUGUCUUUUCUAACACUUGAAGCUACAGUAUCCUCUGUACUUUUUCAGUCAACUCUAGUUUUUUUUUUUUUUUUUACAUCCGCGCACACAUGAGGAACUAAAAUAUUUUUAUCUGUUUUAUCAGCUGCUAUAAAAAAAAAGUGCAAGAAGAAUGUCAAUGAUCUCUUAUCCAUGUCUGAAAAUAAACACAGAACUAUAUACUACAAUGUCCCAUCCUA